AUGGCGAGCCACGGCGCCGGGGCGGCCGAUGGAUCUGACGCCCCGCACGCUGAGGUCGUCAGUAUGGGACAGACAAAUCCAUCUCCUUAUCCUCUAUCUUCCAGUCAUCAUUCAUGGUCCUCUGCGACUGGGUCAGCAACAGUUUCAUGGAACAAUACAGUGGACAAACUUAGCCAAGAUACGGUUUACUAUGACCCACAACGGGAUGUAUCGGUCUCAGGAGGGAAUCACAAUGUAGGAAGUAGUGCGCCUCUUGUUGCCCAGUCGAGUAUGGGGAUGACAGAUGCAGCUCAUUCUCAUGUGCCUUACUCUAGUUCAGCCCAACAUGUCUAUAACCCUGUAGAAUAUGCCAACUAUUAUUAUAGCUACCCACAAGCGACAAAUGAUUCUUCUGUUCAGCAAGGAGCAAACCAACAUCCAGGUGCAGCUUAUCAGCCUCUUACUUCAUUUCAAAAUUCAGGGUCUUACAUUGAUCCUACAAGUAACACAUAUUACAAUGCUGGGGGUCAUCAGACUGUGCCAGGAUAUGGAAGCAGCAGCUACUAUUAUCAGAACAACACAUGGAAUGGUGGAAGCACAGGGAAUAAUUUUGCUCAAUCAUACCAGAACUACUCAUCAUCUGAUACAAAUGCACAACAGAGUUCUACUUCAGUGCCUGCCAAUUCUUUACCGUACCAGCAGCAGUAUAACCAGUGGCCAUACUAUUACAAUCAAUCUGUGCCAAGUGCUUCUAGCAAUCCAGUUGCUGGGAACAGUACUACAGAUAACUUAGCUGUUAACACCCCUUCUGGCUAUUCCUAUCCUAGUAGCCAGCCACCUCCACCAGGAACAACAUCAUGGAAAAGUAAUUCAGUUGCUUCUGCUGCACCUCCUAUGCAGGUUCCAGGACAUCAAAAUCAAUAUGCCAACCAGGCAGAAGGCCAUUAUAACCAGGGACCAAGUGUCCAAUGGUCUCAAAACCAUUAUGCCUACCAGACACAGCCAUAUCCUCAGAAGACUAAUUCCAAUCAUCCGCAACUAAGCAACCCUGAAGAUCAACAGAAGACUGUAGAUUCUAACGGUCCAAGCACAAAUCUUUCAUCGAACCAUGUUUCUGAAAAUUUUAAACCAAACUUGCAGGGUUCUGUGACAAUGGACAAUUCCAGCGAAAGCAAAAUACAGGUUCCUAUAAAUCCUCGAAUUGCCCCAGGUUUCUCUAUGGUGAUGCCAAAGAAUGAGAAGAAAAAUUCUGGACUUGAUUUAUCAAAGAAACCUGCCUAUGUUAGUGUUUCCAUGCCGACGAAUGAUGCUAAAGCAACUCAAGUUGGUCCUGAUGCUAGAUCGAUACCCUUUUCACUCCGUAACUAUGCUACGAGGAACCUCAAUCGUUGCAAGAAUGAUGCCCAGAGGGCAGCCUGCCGAAGCAUAAUGGAGGAGAUCACAAAAAAGGCUUUUGCUGAGGGAACCCUUCUUACUAAGAACUGGGACACUGAACCACUAUUUCCUUUGCCUGAAAGUGUUGUGGGCAUGACUGGAACAAGCAGUGUAAACAAUUUAAGUCCCUUCUCGUCAGUAUCUACACCAAGGAAACGUGUUAAAAGUAGAUGGGAGCCUGUUGUGGAUGAAAAUGUUACCAAUAAGGUGGAACAAAUAGCAAAAGGAUUGAUCAGCAGUAACAUCCACAGUACUUUGGACCCUAAAAAUAGAAUGGGUAGCAGUUGGGAUCAUGGGAAGUUUCUCCAGUCUCGUGAAGCACUUUCAAAUAAAGUCAAUCAGAGGCCUGCCAAGAAGCAAAAAAUGGGUAGUAAUUUGAGUCAAAUACAGAAUGGAAGUGCUUCAAGUGACAGCGAGAAGGAACAUGAUCUAACCACAUAUUAUGCCAGUGCAACUGCACUAGCAAACUCGCCUGAGGAAAAGAAACGUAGGGAGCAUAGAUCCAAGCGUUUUGAAAAGAGUAAAGAUUCGUCAUUAAAAUCAAAAAAUACUUCUGCAAAUAGUGAUGCUUUGGCUAGUUUGCGUUUAAGAAGGGCAAUUUCAUCUCUUCGUACUAGAACCUAUGAAGAAGGCACUUUGGCUGUUGAGGAUAUGAAUUGGGAUGCACUGACAAUCAAAGGAACAUGUCAGGAAAUUGAGAAAGGAUAUCUACGACUUACAGGAGCACCUGAGCCUGCCAAAGUAAGGCCAGAAGAUGUCCUGGAGAAGGCCCUUGCAAUGGUUGAAACAUCACAAAAGAAUUAUCUUUACAAGUGUGAUCAGCUAAAAUCUAUCCGCCAAGAUCUUACAGUUCAGAGAAUCCAGAAUGAACUGACUGUAAAGGUUUAUGAAACCCAUGCCCGAUUAGCUAUGCAAGCUGGCGAUUUACCCGAAUUUAACCAGUGCCAGUCACAACUGAAGAGGCUAUAUGCACAAGGAAUCAAGGGUUGCUAUUUUGAAUUUUCUGCUUACAAUUUGCUGUGUGUCAUGCUACACUCUAAUAAUAAACGAGACUUGCUGUCGUCAAUGGCAAGCUUAUCAAAAGAAGCCAAACAAGAUGCAGCAGUUAAGCAUGCCCUUGCAGUUCAUGCUUCUGUUUUAUCUGGCAAUUAUGUUCUAUUUUUCAAGCUAUACAAGAAGGCGCCCAAUUUGAACUCAUGCCUCAUGGAUCUAUAUGUGGAGCGGAUGCGCUUUGAAGCUAUGAAAUGCAUGUCUAGGUCAUAUCGCCCAACUGUACCUGUGGGAUAUGUUGCACAGAUUUUGGGGUUCUUGAGAACAGAUACUGAAGGCUGUGCAACCAAUGAGGAUGAUGGAUUAGAAGAAUGCGAAAAAUGGUUGAAAGCGCAUGGGGCAGUUCUUUCAGAAGAUAACAGUGGGGAAUUGCAGAUAGAUAUGAAGGCAUCGUCUUCUACACUUUACAUGCCAGAGCCAGAGGACGCGGUUGCACAUGGUGAUGCAUCACUUGCUGUUGAUGACUUUUUGGCACGGACUGACGGACAUGUUAAAAGGCCAGGCGAGCAGCGCAAGCAGACAAGCACCUUGGCAGUUGGCACGGUGAGCUGCACGCUCCCCGCCUGGCCAAAUGUUGCUGCGGCCGGGACGCGCGCGGGAGGCGGGACUACUACCUCCGCAAACGCACCCACGCAAACCUCGUACUGCUUGUCCCGCCACCCGAGGCCCGGGGAAACACCCCGACUCCACGCCGCUGCCGUAGGUGACUCCCGACUCCGAUUACGCCGCCACUGCUUGGUGCUUGCGCCAAUCCAGGUAACCAGCAACCUGAAGUCUGCAAUCAGUUGCUGCUGGGUUAUUGACACAUUGAAUGUUGAGCAUAAAUGGCUUGAAGAAGACACUACUGCUGCAACCAUGAGCACCAUGAAGUUUUGCUGUGAGUGCAACAACAUCCUGUACCCCAAGGAGGACAGAGACAGGCGCACCCUAUUCUUCGCAUGUCGCAACUGCGAGCACCAGGAGGUCUCUGACAAUAACUGCGUCUAUCGGAAUGAGGUGCACCACACUGCUGGGGAGCGAACACGAGUCUUGCAGGAUGUAGCUUCUGACCCAACUCUUCCCAGAACCAAGACUGUCCGCUGCACUGUCUGUGGGCAUGGAGAGGCUGUUUUCUUCCAGUAUCUAUCCUAUAUGUUGAGGCCUGCAUCUAUAUCCCUGACAUGA